CUUGUUCAGCACCCAAAGUCGAAGGAUAGCGCUGGCCUUUCAAUGGACGAAAGUGCCAGAUUUUGUCCGUGUUGUCUAAUAUAACCCAUUCUGAGUGUCCAUAUUUGUUUUGGAAACGAUCGGAAUUGUUUAUACGUAUUGUGAGAGACAGAACUGGCGUCAAACAUGCGUAAAAAUCAACGUUAUCCAAACAGGGAACCGCCAAGAAAGGAAUUAUCGCCGCUCAUCUGAGGCCAAUCUCGAUUAUUUUUGUCAAAUAAGGAAACAUAACAAGAUAGCUAGUUAGCUAACAUUAGCUCUGUAGGUAGCUAGGCUAUAUCUUCUCCCCCAAAAAACAGACCCCGGCAGAGAACAGAGAUUGGAUCUACAUUCGCAUAACGGCAGGAAAACCUGUAGGCAGUAAUGGGUGCAUUCCUAGACAAGCCGAAGACAGAGAAGCACAGCGCCCACGGUGAGGGCAAUGGCCUGCGCUACGGCCUGAGCUCCAUGCAGGGCUGGCGGGUGGAGAUGGAGGAUGCCCACACAGCUGUGGUUGGCCUCCCCCACGGACUCACCGAUUGGUCCUUCUUUGCUGUCUAUGAUGGGCACGCUGGUUCCCGGGUGGCCAACUACUGCUCCGGCCACCUGCUGGAGCACAUCCUCUCGGGAGGGGCUGAGUUUGGCUCGGGGCCUGGCUCUGUGGAGGGUGUGAAGGACGGCAUCCGCUCAGGCUUUCUGAAGAUUGAUGAGUACAUGCGCAGCUUCUCUGACCUGCGGCAGGGCCUGGACCGUAGUGGCUCCACAGCUGUAGGCGUGCUGCUCAGCCCCACCCACCUCUACUUCAUUAACUGCGGCGACUCGCGGGCUGUGCUGAGCAGGGAUGGCCGGGUGGGCUUCUCCACCCAGGACCACAAGCCUUGCAACCCCCGUGAGAAGGAGCGCAUCCAGAACGCCGGCGGCUCAGUCAUGAUCCAGAGGGUCAAUGGCUCCCUGGCUGUGUCCCGGGCCCUGGGGGACUACGACUACAAGUGUGUGGAUGGCAAGGGCCCCACGGAGCAGCUGGUGAGCCCUGAGCCCGAGGUGUGUGUGUUGGAGCGGGCGGCUGAGGGAGAUGAGUUUGUGGUGCUGGCGUGCGACGGCAUCUGGGAUGUCAUGUCCAAUGAGGAGCUGUGUGAGUUUGUCCGCUCACGGCUACAGGUGUGUGAGGAUCUGGAGAAAGUCUGCAACUCAGUGGUGGACACCUGCCUGCACAAGGGGAGCAGGGAUAAUAUGAGUGUGGUGUUGGUGUGUUUACCUGGAGCUCCCAAGGUCUCAGAGGAAGCCGUGAAGAAAGAAGAGGAAUUGGAUAAAUACCUUGAGACUCGUGUUGAGGAGCUACUGGGGGGCUGUACGGAUGAGGGAGUCCCUGACCUGGUGUCUGUCCUGAGGAGCAUUGCCACGGAGAACAUCCCCAACCUUCCACCUGGCGGAGGCCUGGCCAGCAAACGGAGCGUUAUCGAGGCGGUGUACAACAAGCUGAACCCUCACAGAGAAGAGGAAGGGAGUGCCGGUGAGCUGGAGGACCCCUGGUAGCCAUGGCAACGCCCCCUGUCUCCUCCCGGUGAUUGGUGCAGCCACCCAGAGGAGGAGUCUCUCUCUCUCUCUCUCUCUCUCUCUCUCUCUCUCUCUCUCUCUCUCUCUCUCUCUCUCUCCAUUGCGCCAUGUCUCCUCCACCAAGAGGACAUGUAGUGUGUGUUGGAGUGCGUGAGUGUGCGUAUGUGGGUUUGUGUGUGUGUAUGUGUGUGUGUCUGCAGCAGCAGCAGCAAUGGGACAAAGACGACAAUGACGAGUACACAAAUGCACACACAAACACACUGCUUUAAACCCGGAGGAAUCACUUUUCAGAAAUGUUACAAUUUUACGAACUGAGUUAUCAUAAUGGUAGAGAUGAUUUUUACCUUUUUUUUCCCCUCCGGGGUUUUCUUUUUCUUUUGUUCUUUUUCGGGGUGGGGGCAGGGGGCGUUGACAUUGAUCACCUGACUUCAGAAGGACUUGAGGACCGAGUGUGUGUGUGUGUGUGUGUGUGUGCGUGCGCGCAUGGGUGGGUAAGAGUUUGUGUGUUAAAGUUUUUUCGAGGACGGCCAAGAGAAGAAAGAUGGCGGACAAACACUGGCUGGAUGUGGUUCUUCUUCUUCUUCUUCUGGACUGUUUUUUUUUUUUUUUUUUUUUUUUGUGAUCCUGGUUCUGAUAAUUGCCUGGCACCCUGACUCCUCCCCUCUUUAAAGACUCACACACACACACACACACACACACACACAGCCAACCUUAAACACCCCCACCCCUACACGUUCACCGCCACCUUCGCAGGGCACCGCAUGAGGACUUUUUGGUUCUACAUGUACAUGGUUUUCUCAGCACCGGCCCCGGACCGCCAUUGGUUGAGACUGAAUGCACCUGAAGGACCUCUGGACUCUGAUUGGCUCCCGCCGUGUGAGAAAAGUUCUUUUUUCUUUGAUUUUUUUUUUUUUUCUUGAUGACGCUAUAAUGAUGAUGAUGAUGAUUAUGAUGGAGGGGGGGUAGCUAGUUCACUGAAGAGCCAAGGUGCUGGUGGGAAGUCACAAUGUUGGACUCAUGGAAAUGGGAGGGUGGAGGGGACUUGUGUAAUAUCGUUGGUUGGACUUGGGUUUUGGUUUUUCAGUCAAAGGGGUUGGGUGGGGGGGGGGCAAUUCAGCAGGACACACUCAUCAGUUUGCUCUCGAACAGGCAGGACUCCGCCCCCUCCCUCCCACCUCCACGAUCGGAAGUGCACGUGACGGCGGACUGUCCUGACAGAGGGAGUUUUUUUUUGUUUUGUUUUUGUUUUUGUUUUUUUUUUUGUAAUGUUGUCCAGCUGCUCGCCGUAUAGAGUGAGUGAAAACUCCCUGUUUUAACCCUGUUCCUGGUUCUCAGACUGCAUUGGUAAUGUUUGUAUUUGCUGUUGUUUGAUUGCACUCACAUUUGAUUACAGAAAGCGUCUAUAUAUGAAAUAAAAUACCUGCCAAGGACCAGUGGUCA